AAAAAAAAUUCUCCGAGUAGUUGUUUUUUCCGUCUCUCUCUUCCUCUCGCAUGCGAUUCCAGAAACACCUUCGUCGUUCCGGAGCUGAAACGGUUUCGGCACGCCACCGAUGUUGAUUCCAGAAACGCCUUCGUCGUUCCAGAGCUGAGACGGUUUCGGCACGCCGCCGAUGUUCUGGAAACGCCUUCGUCGUUCCGGAGCAGAGACAGUUUCGGCAUAGCCGCCGAUGUUUAUGCAAAAUCUAGACACCAAGGAUCAUAUAGACGUGGGAAGGCUACUUGUGGAGAUCUAGAUAUUGUUAUCACACAUCCUGAUGGACAA